AUGAUCUUCAAGAGCAAUGUUUUAAUCGUCCUCCUGUAUGGCUCAGAAUGUUGGAAAACCACUUCAUCCAUUGAAAGCAAGUCAGAUUUUUUCCAAAAUAAGUGCCUGCAUCGCAUCUUUAGGAUAUUCUGGCCAAACACCAUUUUAAAUGGAAAAACUCUGGGAAAGAACAUUGAAGAGACCACCCACAUUUGACGAUGGAGAUGUGCCAGAGAAGAUCCCUUUAUUGGAUGCUUAUAUGGGAGGAGAAACCGACUGUCCCCAGAGUAGAGGCUGACAGGGACAGAUGGAAAUUCCUUGCUUUGCCUCAAGCGCCAGGUGGCCCAGAAGAGGACUGAGUGAGUGUGUGAUGCAUAAUCCAUUUUCUAUACAGUUUUUCAUCAUUAAGGUGACAGGUGAGAUCGAGUCUAUCUUAGGCUGACUUUUGGAGAGCUCUGUCAUCUGUCAUCAUAGUUCAGAUAAACGGCAUAUUAUUGGAUAAAUAACUUUUUAAAAGGAUUGUAAGUAUAAGUGAGGAUGAAUAAUGUAUUUAAAUUAAAAAUAACAUUUAUUUACAAUUUAACAAAAAAAACUACAGUAACACCAUCCAUCCAUCCAUUUCCUACCGCUUGUCCCACACAAUUUAAUAAUUCAAAGGGAUAUGUGAAAGCAUCAUAAUGAACUUGCGAACAACAAACUUUUUUUCAUUUAGCUGAUACGACAGUUGACGUGAAGAAGUCGUUUAGCGUUCAGUGCUUUAUGUGGGCGGAUGUCUUUAUGACGUCGAUAUUAGUCAAUUACCCUGACUGCAACAAGUAUUUCCAUUUUAUUGAGGACUUCCGAUCUAAACACUUUUCCCUGGUUCAACUACUGGCAUCAAAUAAUAUAUGAAUCUAUUAUAUUUGUAUAUAUAAUACAUUCAACGUUAGAACGAAAGCUCAAUUUUACAGGCGAUGUCAAAGACGCAAUGUGAAUGCUUUUAUUGUGUAAAACCAAUACCGGAAGUUUUGAUCUGAGCUGACCUACUUCUGCACAGAAUGGACGAAGGCGGAGAAGAUGAAACUACUUUUGUCGUGGAAGACGUGACCAAGCUAAUAAAAGACUCCAUAGAAACAGUCAUUGGAGGAAACGCGUAUCAACACGUCAGAGUAAACCAGUGGAGCACAAGCGUUGUGGAGCAGUGCCUAAGUCAACUCUGCAAGCUUGGAAAACCCUUCAAAUAUAUCGUCACCUGUGUCAUCAUGCAGAACAACGGAGCUGGUCUCCAAACAGCCAGCUCGUGCUUUUGGGACAACUCAACUGACGGAAGCUGUGCGGUAAAAUGGGAGAACAAGUCCAUGUGCUGCAUCGUUAGUGUUUUUGGCUUGGCCAUUUAAAAAUGAAGAAUGUUUGGCCAUGUUGGCUUUUUUUGUCAUGCAUAAUCAAAUACAAUUAUUUGAAAGAAAAAAAAAAAGCUUCAUGUCCAGCUUUUAUCCAAUUUAUUUGAAUGACACCAGGACCCACAAUCUCAUAAAA